GCUGCCUUCAUAGCCUUGCGAGGGAGGGACAGGAUUAAAAGGAGACAGGUCCAGCAGGCCUUGUCCACACUGGCACACAAAAAGCCUUCAAGUGUCCGCUGCCUCCGCAAGGAAGGAUCCACAUACAGCCAGGCCAGCACAGCCAGCAGCAGAGAGCUAGGGCAGGCCCAGGACCCUGCUGCAGUCUGAAUCCACUAGAACCACCACGAUGUCCUUGGAGAAAAUGGAAGACCUCCAUCUGGAGGGAAAAUACCUGGAGCUGGGAACGAAGGAGGUGAAUGGCAUCCUCAUGACCAAGCUGAUCAGUGACAACUGGGACCAAAUCUGGAGCUUCCAGGCCAAGCCUGACGACCUCCUAAUCGCAAGCUACCCGAAGGCAGGCACAACCUGGACUCAGGAGAUCGUGGACAUGAUCCAGCAGGACGGGGAUGAGCUCAAGUGCCAACGUAACACCACCUACGAACGGCACCCAUUCAUUGAGUGGGAGAUGCCACCGCCCCUCAAGUCAGGUCUGGAGCUGGCCAAGGCAAUGCCAUCGCCCAGGACGUUGAAGACACACCUGCCCAUACAGCUGCUGCCACCCUCUUUCUGGAAGGAAAACUGCAAGAUCAUCUACGUGGCUAGAAAUGCCAAGGACUGCCUGGUGUCCUACUACCAUUUUUACAGGAUGAAUAAGGCAUUGCCUGAACCUGGCACUUGGGAGGAGUACAUUGAAGCCUACAAGGCCGGAAAAGUGCUCUGGGGUUCCUGGUAUGACCACGUGAAGGGGUGGUGGGAUCGGAAGAACCAGCACCGCAUCCUCUACCUCUUCUAUGAGGACAUGAAGGAGGACCCAAAGAGGGAAAUUCGGAAGAUCCUGAAGUUUCUAGAGAAAGAGGUCACUGAAGAAGUCCUGGACAAGAUCAUCUACCACACUUCCUUCCAGGUGAUGAAGAAUAAUCCAAUGACCAACUAUACCACUCUGCCCACCAGCGUCAUGGACCACUCCAUCUCCCCUUUCAUGAGGAAAGGGAUGCCCGGGGACUGGAAGAACCACUUCACUGUGGCCCAGAGUGAAGCCUUUGAUAAGGACUACAGGGAGAAGAUGGCAGGGAGCACCCUGACCUUCCGCACGGAGAUCUGAGGGUUCAAGGUCAGGGCGGCUCAGCCCUGGGCCUCUAGACUUCACUCACUUAAGCCUGCAUUCUGAAAGAUUCUGGACAGACCCCUUCCUCCAUCCGAAGACAUCUUCCCCUAGGUGCUGAGCCACUAUGCUUGGCUCCUCUCCGCAUGUCCAGCCCAAAUGAGACAUUUCCAGCCAUGUUAGAGGUCAACCCUGUGGACCCUGUGCCUGCCCAACUCAGGCAAAAUAAACAAAGAUCAGCUCCA